AUGAUACAGCGUGAUGAUUUCCAAACAGUUGUACGCAUGAGAAAAGACGGAAAACCCAUCCAAGAAUGUUGUGCUGUGUUGAAAAAUUAUUUUCAAUUCGACCCAGCGCUCGUUGGUGGAUGUAUCCUUCGGCAAUUUACGGAAUUCGAUUGUAAAUUAGGACUUCAAGCAAAUUCAAUUGCCUGGUUCGCACAUUAUCAGUCAUUAAGUUCUGAUUUCUUUUCAUUACUCAUUACAGCCAUAUUAAACUUUUUACUAGCGACAGAUGACGAACAAUCAGUUUACUUACUCAAAGAACUUAUCCUUUAUUACACAAAUAAAGGAUUUACAGAAAUAAGCUCCGAAGUUUUCAUAAAAGCGGCUGCUUUUGCAGCAGCGAAGUUAUUAUUCGCUCACGAUUCUACAGAAAUGCUCGUUAACCUUCUAAAAGUCGCUAUUCAACUUAAUAAUGAGGUAUAUACCGAUGUAUUACUUAAUUCUCUCAUUACAGUAAUUCCUGCAGAUACAAGAGUUGACUCGAAAUCAGUUCUUCAAACUUUAGAGCCAUUAUUUUUAAAUUUCGAUGAAAUUGCGCAUAAUUUGUUUAUUGAAGUGACACAGUUUAAUUACAACGAUGAUUACUACGAAUUACUCGAACGGCUUGUUCAUAAGCUUGUCCAAUUCCUCAAUAACAUAUCAAUUUCAGACAUAGAAUUCAAAUCUUCACAAGAACAAGAUCCACCGCUCAAAAUCACAGACACAAUGAACAUACAGCCUAGUAUAUUCAACAAGCUCUCAAUCGGAAUGUCAUUACCCUCUCCAGACGUUUUAGAUUCUCGAAAUGUUUAUUUUAAAAUACCAGACGAUAGCAAAGAGCUUAAAAUGUUCUCAAACUUAUUUGACAAGCUACCUGAGAAUUCUGCGACCGGAGUUCUUUCAAUGUUCGCACAUUUAAUGGAUGAAGAAUAUUCAACUGAAGAAUCUCAACUUAAGAUCAUCGUAUUUCUUUCUUACCUCAUGAAGGAUAAAGAUAACAUCCCUUUACCAGAUAGUUACUUUUCUUAUCUCAUAAAAAGUCAGAUUUUCAGUUCAACGCAAAAUGUGUUCGCAACGAUACCGUCCGAAAUGAAGAAAUUGGCCGCGCUAAGAAACGAUAUAAUUACGUGCUUUUUGUCAAAUCAUCCGCAAUCCAUCGCUUUAUUACUGGACGAAUGCAGCCAAAACGUUCUGUUAUUUGCAGAAACGAUCGGUAGAAUACAAGCGCAUGUUUCUUUUGAAGAAAUGCCAAGCUUUUUGACAAAUCAUACGAUAAGACAAAUAACUAACGCUAUUUUUACAUUAAUUACCGCAAUACCUGAAGAACCUACAGACAAGGAUAAAUACUACAGAGCGUGGUCGACUUUAUUCUUCUUUAUUAUCUCAAUUUUGGAAGAUUUCAAAAUUGCAGAACUUUUAACUAUCAAUACUCGAUUUACUUCAUUGUUUACAACACACUUAUUCCAAAGGAAGCUCGCUCCAAUGCUGAAAAACUGUUUAAACAAGUUUUUCUCCUCAAAAAUUGUUCCAAAUUUGGAUUGUGUUGCCAAUUUGGUCAAUUUCGCUUCUCUUGUAUUCAGUUAUGCGACAAUGAACAAGGAUCCGUACGAAGAAGUCGUUUUGGACGUUCUUGAGAUUUUAUCAACGUCAAUAACUCAUAAUCCAGGCACAGCACAAACUAUUUCGGCCAUGGUCCCUAUAGCGUUCACACAUCUGGCCAAUUUUCCCUCUACUUUGCUACUUCAGGCCGUAUUAUCAAUGGUUUUGUGCAUUUCGAUGUCAAUGGACGACUUUGAGUUCACCAAACCACAGAUUGUGCAGUUAGAUGAAGCAAUUAAGAAGACAGAACCUGAUGGAACAAGCGAACAAACACAAUUAAUGUUGAUUUCAAUUUUGGCGCAAAGUAAGUCAGCAAAUACAUCAUCGAUGUUCUUAAUACAUGCUCCAGCGUUCAUCAUCCUUUUAUUGUCCGCAUCUUCAUCAGAUUUGGCAAAAAUAAUCGUAUUUUUUGACAAAUUGAUCAAAUUCUCUAUAUAUAACUGUAUACAAUGCCACAAUGGUGGUUUCGAUCUUUUCAUCAUUGAUAUGUUAAAGAAUUAUCCGAAUUCUUUUUCAUUCAACGGAUGGAACUUCCCAAUGAACGUUACGGCCGAACAAAUCGAUACUGUUGUCUUUCCUUUGAUCAGAUACAUGUUUCUGACCAAAACUUCCCUUUUGGUUGUUGAAAGAUUUGUUUCAUUGGCUGUUCCUUCAGUAGAUGAGAAAUAUCCUGAGAUCGCUGACCAGGUAAUCACCAAACUAAACCAAACACUUACUUCCGCACCAAGAUUACCCAAAUUAACCAUUGCAUUUUCGAAUUCUUCGCCAGUUUUCGAUUAUCCGAACAUCCCCAUCGAACCAUUCAAUAAUGGAGUAACCUUUGUAUUCCAGUGCAUGUUUGAUCAAGCUUUGACUAGUUUAUCUUCAGCUCAGCCAAUUUUAUUAACAAUUCAAGAUCAGCAAGGCAACGAAAUCAUUGUUUUCGCAAAUGGAACAACUCUGUUCUGCGAAAUAAGGUCUGAUGGCCAGUCAUCAGCAGCAAAUCUGUUUAAUAAUUUCGAACCUUGCAAAUGGGCCUUCUGUUGCCUUAUUUUGCAUCCAAGAGGAGACUCAAUGCGGGUUCAGUUCUCAGUAAACGGAGAACAACCUUCUUUGUUCCAUGUCCGAAAUCCGAAUUUCGUUGGCCCGACUUUGCAUGCGACCGUUGGAGGUUUCAGACAAAACAACUGCGAAUUAUCUCCAUUUACGUUCUUCUAUUUAGGCCCUUAUAUGUUAUUAGACUACUCAUUUACUCCUACCGACAUUUUACGUAUGUUCAGUGGCGAAAUUCUUCAACCAGAUGGUACAAACAACCUGAUUCCGCUCCAAGAAGACUGGACACAAGAAAGUUAUUUCCAUACUAUUAAGAUCAUCUCAGAAAGGUAUGACUUCUUUUCAUGUCUAGUGCCUUUCUUUAAGUUCCACCAGUUCGCACCUCCACAUUUCUUAGAGCGAAUUGCGGAUAUUCUCCAACAUAUCCCGAUCGAGUCCAGAUUUAACUACUAUCCAGUAGUUGCCAACUAUUUAUACACUCUUCCGACCGAAUCAUUGACAUUUACCUUCUAUUCAAGGUUCGUUCCCAUUGGAUCUAACCUUCCAUCAACAGAUCUUUUGACACAUAUCCUAUUUAACGUAGAUUUAUGGAUAACAGCUCCCAGCCCACACUUAUUACGAAUCGCUUCUCAUUGGUCGUCCGUUUUAGCCAGCGGUUACAUUUCGGUUUUCAAAAAGUGCUACACAGUUUCAUCACUUUUGACGAUGAUGAGAGUUUAUUUCUAUUACGAGAAAAUAGAGACCGAAAUCAUCUCCACAAGGCCGAGAUCUCCUGACUUAGAUGUUGCUCAGAUCAGGUCAUUGAUGGACAGAUUGAUUUUGGCACUGGCAAAAGUUCAGUUCACUCAAAAAGAUGUACAAACAUUGUGUUCUCAUUUGUUUACUGUACAAGAUCCAAGACAAUUGACGGAUAUUUUAAUGACAGUCAAAGCUUUGAGUCCGUUAAUUAAAAAUGGAGAAAAAACAGCUUAUGAUUUACACUUUUUGUUCGUUAAAACUUAUUCACAAAUUUUUGUAGAAGUUUUACGAACGAUUAUUUCUCUUUCAAAUGGAAAUAUUGCUCCACACAUCGAAUUAACGUUGUUUGAUAUUAAUAAACUUCAUAUCAACAAGCAGACAUUCGAUGCAGUAUUAGAAGAUUGCAGGACAUAUCCGGAGAUCUUUCCAAUCGCUGCUUUCAUCGCUUCUCAUCUCGAUGAAAUUCAAAUUCAGGCUUUCGCUGUCACUUUUAGUGAUUCAGUGAUUUUCCCUGAGAAUUCGAACAAACUCACGAAAGUUAAGUAUUGGUACAUGUUCCCUAUAAUAUGUGCCAUCAUUUCGCCCAUUUCUAUUCCUGCGAUUUCUGCUGCUCUCUUCGCAAUUCUCAAAAAUGAUUGGCACUUUUCGAAAUUUGACGAAAUUUGUGUCUUCAUUGACAGAUUGUCAUUUGAUGGGUAUAAUGUGAGACCAUUCAGAUCAUCAUUGUUUAACAAACUCGUUGACUUCGCUUUAGAGUCGAAAUCAACAAGUUUGCCGUUGAAUGUUUUGAUGAGAUGCGCAAGAUAUUUCUUGUUUUCGUUCCAACCAAUUUUGCAUUCAAAUAAUUUGACAAAAGAAUUUGAAAUGUCAAUUUUUGGAUCACAAAAAACGGUUUCAAACGAAAACAAGAAAGAAAUGGAUAUGCUCGAUAUCCUAAAUCUCUUCAAAAACUGCAGUUGCAACUUGUUAUUCAGAGUUGAUCCCAAUUUUGACAAAGAUUUAUUAACAAAAGUGUCAAAAUUAUCAUCAUUGAUUCCACAGAAUAAUUUCAACUCAACUGCAACAUUUUAUAUCGAUUUCUUUGACUAUCUGGCAAAAAGAGAUAGUUUGUCAGAAAAUGUCAAAAAUGAAGUGAUGUCAAAAUUGACACCAUUAGUUCAUCAAGUUGCCAUGGUCAUGAAUGUUUCGUAUCAAGAUUUCUUUGCUAAAAAUUGCAAAAUAUUGUUCAAUUACUUAGAAAUCGAACUGAAAAAAGUUGAACCAUUACGAGUUAUUUCCCAAGAAACUGUUUCUGUUUCGAAUGUCGCUUGUUCAAUUUAUUACGGAUCAAACGAAAACAACAUUUGGACAAGAGAAAUCUGUACUGCAAAGUUCUUGGAAACACAUAUGAAUGAAUCAUCAAUUUGGGCUUUACAUAAACCGCAAAUGACAGAAAAAGUGUCACAUGUUUACACAUCAACAUUCACAACUCCACUUUAUAAACUCGUAGGACCAAGACCUGCAAAAAGAAGAAUUUUGACAGUUGUUGGCAAACCGCUUUUUAGUUGUGAAUGUUCUAUCGUUAGAAUGAAAGGAGAAUCAAAAGCGACAUUUGCUUUAUUCAACGAUUGCAUUCUUCUUAAAACAUUGCACAAAGAGAUCAAGUAUCCUUUGAAAGAACUCGAGUUUGUUCUGCAUAGAACAAGAAAUGGAAAACUCAGCUGUUUGGAAUUUUUCAGAAUUGAUAACCGCUCAAUUUUGAUUGAUUUCUUUCCGAAAUCUCUCAAAUCAAUUCUGCCAAAACUCUCAAUUUUGAAUCAAAUUAACGGUUGUUUAGUACAAUUCCAGUUGUAUCCGAUCUUCCUUACUAAAAGAGAUUCAACAAGCGACUGGGUGAAUGGCAACAAAUCGAAUUUCGAGUAUUUGAUGGAGUUGAAUUUCUUCGGCGGAAGGACAAUGAAAUGGGCCGGAGCUUAUCCAAUUUUGCCAAAUGUUUUUGCGGAUAAAAACGGAAAUUUGGAUGAUAAAACAACAUAUAGAGAUUUCAGGAGACAAAAACAUUUCUCUAUCCGACCAAAUGCAUGGUUAAGAACAUUCCCUCCUUUCAUGCAUUUGUUUGAAGACAAAAUGCCAUCGACAUCCACGACUUCUUGCGAAUCUACUGGUUUGCAUUUCAACCAAACUGAUGAAACAAAAACAGAUGAAAGCGAGACUUUGAGUGAAAGUAGAUUUGAAGAAACAGAAGAUGACUUCUCCGAAUUGGAAAUUUCAAUUUCGGAUCCUGUGGAAUUGACUCCAGAAUUUUUCACUUCACCUGACUGUUUUCCAACAACAAUUUCAAAUGUUUCUGGAUUUGAUUUCGUCAGGAGAAUGCGGAAAGCCUUGGAAAGUCCUUUCAUCACUUCCCAGUUGCAUCUUUGGAUUGAUUCAGUUUUUGGAAUCGAUCAAAUGCAAGGAACAAAAAUUCCUCAGUUGUUUUCUGUCCCUCAUCCUGCCAGAAAUUUGCCAAGAUUGACAUUGGCAGAAAAGUCAGAAAAAAUGAUAAAAGUUCCUUGUACAAAGAUUGUCAAAGGACAAGUUGAAAGUGAUGGAAACAAUGGAUAUGUUAUAAGAGGAUUCAGCUUAGACAUUGGUUUGUUUGAAUACAGGAACAAUGUUUUAACAGUUAUCAACAAAUCAAAUGAUCCGAGAUUGAUUUUUGUUCCUAUCCAAAACGGUUGUGUUUUAGUGAACAAUCAAGAUGCUUCUGCACUUGUCUACGUCAACAAAGAGAAGCACUUGAUAUCGCCUGUCCCUGAAGCACAUUUCUACGGCACUGGAUCUAAAUACGGAGCUUGUGCAGGUCUCGGAGGAACUGCGUAUUUGAUUGACGGACAAAUUCAGGAAUUAUUUGGAAUUUGUCACGUUUCUCCUGAAUUACCAACAUGUAUCUACACAAGCGGUGAGUUUAAGAUUACAGCAGUAGGUGUGAAGAGCGGCAGUGUUAUCUUCUAUGAUUUUGUUCGCGGAACACAUAUCAGAUCCAUCAAAUUGGGUUUCGUUCCAACAAGAAUCAUCAUUACAAAAGGAAUUGGAAGAUUGGUUGUUUUCGGAGCAUCGGAUUUCGUUAUUACAUCGCUAAGAGGAGAAAUAAUUGUGCAAACAACUAAUAGCGAGUUGUUUGGAAUUGAUACAACAGCGAUUUGCAGCUGUGCAGUCCCUGCUUAUUCACCUUACAUGAGCGAAGAUUGCAUUGUUAUUGCGGACACAAAAAGAAGAGUUUUCAUAAUCGAUGCAAAUGAUGGACAGAAAUUGUCUGGAGAACCAAUAUGUGUACUCACUUCAAGACCUGUCUGCGUGUGCGUCGUGGAAGAAGGAUUUGGAUCAUUCACGAUUUUCGCUAUGGGAGAAGAUGGAAAAGUUAUUAUGAACAGUAUUCCUUCUCUCAAAUUGUAA